AUGGUGAAGACAAUUGUUGGUUUCGGUGCCGUUUGUGGUAUUACUUCUAUUUUAGCAUGCCUUUGGGCUGCAAUUGUUAUCACAAAUGAUAUCAAUUCAAUGUAUGAUGAUGUUAUGGGAGAACUUGGAUCAUUCCGCGAUAUUUCUGAUGAUACUUGGGGAAGUCUUGUUGAUGUUCGUCGUGGAGCUGGAGAAUCAGCUGAAGAAUAUGUUCGUGGAAUCUUUGGUCGUCAUAAGAGAUCAAACUCUCAAUGUAGUUGUGGACUUCCAUCUCAAGGUUGUCCAGCUGGAGCACCAGGAAAUCCAGGAUCACCAGGAGAACCAGGAGCAACUGGACCAGACGGAAAGAGUGGACCACCAGGAUUACCAGGACUUAAUAUUCCAGUUCCAAAUGAUUUCCCUAAGGAAUGCAUCAAAUGUCCAGCUGGACCACCAGGACCAGAUGGUCUUCCAGGACAAGAAGGAUUCCAAGGAUUGCCAGGAGAUGCUGGAAAGAGAGGAGCACCAGGAAAAGAUGGAGAACCAGGAAGAAUUGGAGAUAUUGGAGAUGAAGGACAUCCAGGACAAGAUGGACAACCAGGACUUGCUGGACCACCAGGAAGAGAUGGAUUAACUGGAAAAGGAGCACCAGGUAUUGCUGGAAGACCAGGAUUGCCAGGAGCAAGAGGAGAACCAGGAAAUAAUGGAAAUCCAGGAGAAGGAGGUCAACAAGGUAAUCAAGGACCAACUGGACAACCAGGAAAAGAUGGUUUCAAUGGAAAUGAUGGAACUCCAGGACAAGCUGGACCACAAGGACAAGUUGGAGCUGAUGCCGAAUAUUGUCCAUGUCCAGAAAGAAAACGCAGACGUGUUUAA